UUUCCUAGCUCGACGAAGAUUGGAUACGCCGGCAGAGGCUCAAGCUCAGGCAGAUGACUUUCGCCGUGCUUGAUUUCCGGUGAGGACGCCGACUGAAGCAAUCCGCCGCUUGCAAGCCAGUCGAAGGUUUGGUCCCGGUCUCUUCUCUCCGAUUUUUAUCAUCCGCCGCCGUCAGCAGCAGCAGCAACCUGCCGCCUGCAAGCUCCCUCGGUCCUUGGCCUGGUCUAUGAUCUCUCUCUCACUGAUUUCAUCACCUGCCGCCGCCUACAUCAACCCACCGUCUGCUGCAAGUUCCCUCGCGGCAGAGGUACCAUCUGGGACAAGUCGAAGGGUAAAACUGUAUUUUGCAGUUUCUCAUCGAAAACCCAGACUUAAAAAUCGUGGGAUUGUGGGCAAAAUCCUAGACUUAAGAAAACCCGCAUUCGACCCCAAAUUCCACUCCUCGGUUCUCUUCUUCAGUUCUUCUCUGUGUGCUUAAAUUAAUUGCUUCCUCGGAGAAUCGACCUCGCGAUCUUUGUCUCCCUCCCUCCCUCUGCGAUUCAUCAAUUCUCCCUCUCUAUUCCCUCCAUAACCAUAAAUAUACAGAACUUCAAAUUCCCUCCUCCCGACGCUAACGAAAUCCUCCACCAACUGAAAAACUCAACAACCCUCCCUUCUCUGCUUCACUCUCUGAAGUCCCUACUCCCCAACCGCCUUAUCCUCUCUUUCUCCUCAUUUUUUUCAGAUCAGCAGAGGAAGUAGAGAAACCCAAUGGUGGCUUCCAGAUUUCAAGCGGCUUCCUUGGUCGGUGCCCCUUCCUGCCCCAACGCCAUUGCUUGGUCUGACGAGAACUUGAUCGCAGUCGCUUCCGGCCACAUUGUCACCAUUCUGAAUCCAGCUUCGCCAAUUGAACCUCGCGGCACUAUCGCGGUUCCUACCGGAAAACAUUACCCCAUUGGCAGAGUUGAAAAAGAAGAUUUGCUCUCCGGUGACCUGCUGCCCACUGCUUUAUCGAGGGAUCGAAAACCCUGUGCUAGGUCAAUUGCUUGGUCUUCUCUUGGAAUGUCUCCUAAUUAUGGCUGUUUGCUUGCAGUUUGUACAUUCGAAGGAUGUGUGAAGGUCUAUCGCCCUCCCUUUUGUGAUUACAGCACCAACUGGAUAGAGGUUGCUGAUAUAUCAGACAUGCUGUAUGAUCAUCUUGCAAAGAUUAACUUUGUGGAGAUAGACAUCUCUACUUCAGAAAUUCCUUCUAAUGGAGGGUCAAAGGGAAAAUCUGCUGAGGAUGAUAUGGCCAAUUCGUCAACUGGCAAGAUACUCAAGCCUGUUGUAUUGAAGCAAUACAAGCGGAGACGAGUUACCGUUGCUGCUCAGAUAAACAGCCAUGCUGAUAGUUUUGAGCAACAAUUAUCAGUACCUAGCCAUGCUGAGAUUACUAGCCCUAAACCCACCCAUCUCAGAAUAUUGGAUAGCAAGAAAUCGCCCAAGACGAAGCUCGCCAAGCUGGGAAAGAAUAAAAUGGGAAGCUGUACAUUUCCGCUUUUAAUUUCAAAGGAGUAUGCUGCUCGUAGUGCACUGCUUUCCUCACUUGUGGUUACAUGGUCUCCAUUAUUGUGUUCACCAUCAAACCAAAGUUUCCCAUCUUCAGAUGAUCCAUUCCAGAAAUAUUCUAUUCUUGCUGUUGGAGGGAAGUCGGGUAAAAUUUCAUUCUGGAGAAUUAGUGCACCUCAAUGCUAUUCAAUUGAGCAAUGUAAAGCCCCUACUGGUGUACUGUUUCUUGGGCUUCUUCAGGCACAUACUUCAUGGGUAACUGCAGUGAGUUUGGAAUUACUUGUUUCAAACAGUGAGCCCCGGGUUGUAAUGGUUACUGGCAGUACAGACGGAAGUGUGAAGUUGUGGCUGGGGAAUGUGGAAGAACUUAGUAAGUUAUCAGAAGCUAGUAAAGCAGCUCCCUUUGUCCUAGUAAAGGAGGUUAUUCGUGUAAAUAUUGUCCCAAUUUCGGUUCUUUCGGUGCUGCUACCUGCUCAACCUGUGGAUAAAAUGCGUAUAGCAGUUGGCAAAGGAUCAGGGUCUUUCGAAAUUUGGACAUGUGACACAUCAAACUUCAAACUUGACAAAGCUGGAUGUCAUGAUGCUCAUGACUAUGCUGUUACAGGUUUGUGUUGGUCUUCAGAUGGACUUUCUUUGUACAGCUGUGGCCAGGACAACUAUUUACGUAGCUGGAUCUUAUGUGGGGGAUGCCUCUCCGAAGUGUCCAUCCCCUCGAACAUUCCUGGUCAAACCGGUUCACAUGAAGUGGGUGAUUUGCUAACUUCCCUGUGUCCUUUUCUAUCGGAAUCCCUUUUUUCCCUUGAGAAAACAAUGAGCUUUCUUUUGCAGGUUCCUGAUGCUUUGCGUUCAUGCCUGGGCGUUGUAGCAUCACCUGGAAAUCUCAUGGUUGCAAUGGUCCGUGAUCUUGAUGUUGAGCUAUUGGGCCAAAUGUACGAGGCAAGGGCUCAGAAGGCUGUAGUUGAAUUUUUGUGGAUCGGUGGACAACCAGUGGAGAGCACCACGACCAACACUUCAAUAGACUCUUACAAAGAAUCAUUUCCCGGAUUCACCCCAAACGAAUUGGCCUGCUGGGAAUCCAACAUCCUAUGGUCAUUGAAGCAGUACGAAGAUCCAAAUAACUCUUUAGUAGUAUGGGAUAUCAUAACAGCUCUUUUGGUUUUCAAAGAUUCGAUUCCCAAGUAUGUCGACUAUUUACUGGGUAGAUGGCUAUCCACAGCAUUCUUGGGUGGUCAGAACACAGAUUAUCGUCCCCUUGGCGAGGUGCUGGCGCUUUCCUCAAAGUGCUUCUCAGAAGUCCCAUCUCGCCUCUUGCACCUUUUAAAUAUCAUGACCAGACGAAUAAUUCUGUCUGAGAUGAAGGCCGGGGAACUCAACUCCAGUGUCACCACUGACACUACCAGUGUCAGAAAUGAGACACUUGAGCUUGGUUUGCGAACACUGCUAGGAAGUGAAAGAGAACUCCGAGAGAGGCUUGUGGGACUUAGCUUUGCUGCUGUUUCCGGUGGGUCUCACUCGGCAGCUAAAACUUCCUUACAGCCUGAAACUUGGUCUCCAUUGGGAGUCAUGCAGAUGGAGCAAUGGGUUGUAUUUAACCAUGCUCACGUGAGGAAUCAACUCAAGGUCCUUGCAUCAGAAGCUCAGAAGCAUACAAGGAUGGGCGGUGACAGUAAUGCUGCAACAGAGCAGUGCAUCUUUUGUACAGCCUCAGUUCCUUUUGAGUCUCCGGAGCAUGCAACUUGCCAAGGUGCAGAGAGCAUCAAGGGAGACAUGGAGAAACAUGAAGUGCCUAGAUGUGCAGUGUCAAUGCAGGUUUGUCCCGCGAGUCCUUCUUGGUUCUGCAUAUGUUGUCGCAGGAAGGUGCACAAGCUGGCUCCUGAAUAUCUGUUUAAGAUGCCUAGGUUUCCUACGGAUUUCAGUUCCUGGAAAGAAGCUUCUGCAGUUGAGAAGUCCCCAAGACCCUUCUGCCCAUUUUGUGGGAUUUUGUUGCAGAGAAUGCUGCCAGAUUUUUUGUUGUCGGCGCAGCCAGUGUGAAGGGGCAACGGUUGUUUGUUGUGCUGUACAAUACUGUCUAGAACUAUAAGUAUAAAAGUAGAUUUCUGUUUCUAAUGAGAUGGAAAAGUGGCUUUUGCUACCGGUUCACUGUUAUCAUGCAUGAUGUAAAGUAGCCAUCCAUUGUAAUCAUGCAUGAUGUUACGUGCUGUACAUAUGAGUAACCUGGAUAUUGUCUUGUUGGAGCUUUCUUAUUGUCUACUCAGAAUUUUUUUAGAGAGAGCUAAUGUCUUUGGUGAUCGAACGGUUUGAAUGAAUCGGAGGGUGUUCCACUCUGGGUUUA